GGGGAAAGCUUGGGAUACCUGUGCAAGCUUUGUUUCCAGGUCUUGUCGAGUGAAACGCCUGGAAGAAACUUGUCUUUGGUUAAAGUUCAUUCGAACAAUAUGGCGGAACCGGUAGCGGAGGUGGCGCGUGUUUUGGAAACAUAUAGAGGCAGAGAGAAACUAAUGCGACUCCUUCAGUAUGCCAGCUAUUUGGCGAGUGGAGGGUUGCAGAAGUUGUCUUACGAGUCUAGUGCAGGAAAAUUUCGGAUCUGGGCGGAAGCAAUUAGUGAAUGUCGGACUUUCCUUCGUUUGUUUGAUGACGCUGCAAUGUUGUCCUACGCACGCGAUUAUGGAACUGGAAAAGAGGUGGGAAAUAACAAUACAACAUGAAACCAAAAAUAAAUGAUGGCAUAAAAAAAGAAUAAGGAAGUACAUUUUUCACUAUAGAAAUUUCUUCAACUUAAACAACCCAAUAACCUAAAUACUCCGGUUCGGGGAAUCAUUAUCAUGGCUUCUAGCAUUUUUUAGAGUAGCGUCUACGGUAGGGAAGGUUUGUUCUGAUGGGAGGCUCAUUACUCAUUACUUCAUACAUAUGUUAAGAUUUGUUGCGGAAGAAAUCAUAUGAUGUGUCGUUAUCCAUGUACAAGUGUAGAGCCUUGAAUUAAUUUAAAAUUUAUGCUUUGUGUUUUGGACUUUGUGAAGGCCCUCAACCUUUAAACUCCCAAGAUCUGAUUGUUAAUUCUCCCCUCCAGCUGCUACAGAUUUCCUUGAAAAUAAUUUAUAAUAAUUUGGUGUUAGAUCACGGUAACAAUCAAUCAAUCAAUCAAUAAACUUUAUUUACCCUUGAAUUUACAGUGUAGCACUCAGGUGCUAAUGUCUUUGAGCAAACUACAUUAAUAAAUAAUUAUAAUAAAAAGAUUAAUUCUAUAACAAAUAGGAUAACUAACUACCUAGACAACUAACUAGCAAAUUAUCUUGAUGUAGAAAGGUUUGCAGUUCCUGCCCUUUAAAGUAAAUUAUUGUACCUAGUAGAUAACAGUCGUCGAAAAGAAGUAAAAUCAGAAAUAGUGCGGUGAUGGUCAGGAAGAGAAUUCCAAGAUAUUGCUGCCAAGUAACUAAAGGAAUUGAUACCAUAAGAAGAGGUCAAUGGUUUAGGCAAACAGAGUAUAUUAUGUCCUCUUAAAAAAUAGGUGCUAGAGCACAAGCAAAACAUAUCUUUUUAAUAUCUUGGAUAAUCAGAAAAAUGUAGACAUUUAAAAAUAGUAAGAAUCAUGUUUUGUAAACGCUUGUCCUUAAGGUUUACAGCUCCUGCACUUUUAAGUAAAUUAUUGUAUUCAGAGUUAAAAUCCUUGAAAACAAAUCAAAGAAUACGUUUGUUUAAAAGAUCCAAUUUAUCAGAAUCUUGUUUAUUAGAGAAAUGCAACACCAUAGAACAAUAAUAAAAGUGAGGAAGUAUUAAUGCCUUAGAAAGACGUAGCAUGGUUUCAGUAGACAUCAGUUUGCUGAACCUUGUCAUAACACUAAACUGAUUGUUUACCUUUUUACAUAUAGAGGACACAUGUUGCUUAAACUUAAGAUCUUUAUCAAUUAUAACGCCAAAAAGUUCCACUGAGUCAUUUACUGAGAAAUUAAACUUCUUUUUGAUAAUUACAACAAUAUAACAACUUCUUUCUGAUAAGUUUGUUUAUUCUUAUGACCUGUCUGCUGGAUAAUGCACUGUGUAUGGGUAUUAUAGGGAGAAGUUACAUGUAAACCACUUCUGGAAAUUAAAGGAUUAAAGUGAUAAAUGCAUUUAUUUUUCUAAAAUAGUUAAUUCACAACCUUGACUUGGACUGUACAGUUUACAAAAAGGAACCUGAGGUCAGCAAAGACUGGAAGUGCACAUUUGCCCACCAAAUGUUUUCCUCAUGCAAAGACCAGAAAAUGAGUCUACAAGUUUCAAAACAAAGUCUUGAUCAUCUCUUAUUAUAAAAUAAUUCAAAUAGUACACGUGCUCUGAUUGGCCAUAAAACCAUUUUACAUGAGCGUAUCUAAACACGGUUUUUGUUCCUCUUUCAUUAGUUAUUUUAUAAAAGAAAUGUAAAAUGGUUUCCGUAUUUACAUAGCCUGAUGAAAACACGCAGGAGGUUGGGAGAACACGAGAUAAGUGUAGGAAACCAUGACGUGAAGCGGAGUGGUUUCCAGCUUAUCUCAUGUUCUCCCAACCUCCCGCUUGUUUACAUCAGGCUAUGUAAACAAGGAAACCAUUUUACAUUUCUUCAUUGAACAACAUUGAGAAUGUUAAUUUAGGAAGUUAUGUAAGGGUUGCAGGUCAGGCAAUUUAUGUGGAAUUUUUAUUCAUUUCCCCCCAAAAAUGAAUCAGUUGACAAAUGGGAUAUGGAAGAAAAUGAUGAGUUCUGCUUUCUGGUAUUUCCUUGGGGAGCGAUCUGUCUGUCUUAGGAUUGUCUAAGGAAUUAUUAUGGUUGCUAUGCAUUUAUUGCUAAUAAUCUUAAGCAAUGUCUCUACUUUAUUUGAAGUUUGGUGUUUUUCUUUCUGGCAGGAAAGGGACAAAGUUGUGCGCUGGACAAAUCUUGUGGACAUAUUCUGUGGUUUGACAUUUUACCCUUUGGAGCAUGUUGCCUGGGCAAGGGACAAGAAACUGCUGGCUGGUAAAUCUGAGAAAUUAUGGGACUUGUCUCUAUACACUUGGAUAGGAUCACUUAUAGCAUGUAUUAUAAGAGACUUGUGGCUUCUCAAAAAGCUUCGGCACCUACAAAAGAGCAGGUCAGUACCCAGGUUGGUCAUGGCCUUAAAGAAAUGUGUACUGUUAACUGAUAUAAAUUGUAAAAUCAGAAAAUUUCUGUGAUGAAUUAAUUGUUUCUAGUUGAUCUGAAUACAUGUAAAGAGCACUCCAAUAAUUAUUUCACUUAAGCGUUUCUUAUUGCUAACUGCAAUGGACUUUAACCCUUUAACUCUUAAGAUAUGAUUGUCAAUUUUCCCCCGUAGCUGCUAUACAUUUCCUUGUAAAUUAGUUAUGAGAACUUGGUGCUAGAUCAAGAUAGCAGCUUCUACCUGAUAAGUUUGAAUAUUCUCAUUACCUGAUUACUAAAGAAUGUAUGGAUAUUUUAGGGAGAAGUGGUAUGUUAAUCACUUCUGGGAGUUAAAGGGUUAAAUACUUACAUCUUUCAUGUAGGGAAAAAUAUUAUAUUGCAGUACAUUUUUCAUAUUUUUCUACUCAGGACACAGCUUGUCAGUGACAGCAGUGGAGAUGUACAAACAUCAUCGUCAUCCAGGCAAAAUCAGAUAAAAUAUCUGCAAAGAAGACUUAUCAUCUCAGUGAUAGGAUUCACUUCUGAUUUAGGAAUGGCCAUUCAUUGGGCUCCAGCUGGUUUCCUAUGGGCUGGCAAACUGUCGAUUGGAACUGUUGGCCUUCUUGGGACAGUAUCGUCAUUUGCCGAACUGUAUAAGUACUUUAAACCAGCUGCUGCAUUACCUGAUGAGGCUCUUGGAAGCAUUUGAUGUUACAGAACUGAUUUUUGUUUUCUUGUCACCAACAUACAUGUAGCUUAUUGAUGGAAAUAGCACUCAAUGUACUGUGUAUUUAAUUACUUACUUCAUGCAUAUUUACGUCAAAAGAAAGCAUAAUUAUAAAUCAAGUAUAGCUUGUCAUUUCAGAACCAAAAUUGAAUACUAAAUAUUGAAUCAGGAAGUUCUAAAUUAUUGCUCCCAAUUCUCUGUCUCUCUCUUGCCAUGCUAUUUAGUAAUUAGCAGGGGGAAUAAGUCAAAGGAAAGGAAAAAAUAUGAAGACAUUCUUGUAUAAUGUCCUUUAAAUUAAUUUUAAAAAGCUUUAGAAGCAAAGAAAUACAAGAAAUAAAAAUCACAUCAC